AUGGGCACGGGCUUGUGCACCUACAACACGUUGCGCAGAGCUGCAUGGCUACUCUCACCCAAUCAAGUGGCAACGCUCGCCAACCCGACUCACUACGGGGACCCGAAGACAGGCUGCGAGACGGACGAGCAAGCCGUGCGGGUGCAGGGCCUGUCGGGCAGAUCUGCAGUUGUGCAGGGCGUGUCCAUGCCGGUCAGCUUGCAGAACUUGACCUUUGACGCCUCAGACCAGAGCUUCCAGGAGUUGAGUCUGCCCAAGGACUUGAAGAGCACAGCGCUGCGGGAUCACUUUAACCGAAGCUUGAGAGCCUGA